AUCGUUGGUCGCAUUUCCAAAGCAAGCACGUUCAAUUGGCCGACAUGGCGAGCCCCUGCUUCCUCUUAUUGCAGCCCUUGGCCGCCUCUGCCUCAGCCACCUCUUGUACCAACAAGCGCCGGCCUCGCCGUGUUUCGUGCAACGCCACGCCGAGUAGCAGAAGCAGCACCCCCACCGGCGAUGGAGAAGAAGACAUGCAGCCACGGCGGCUGGACCGCCGAGAAGUAGUGCUCGUCGGCGGCCUCACCGGAGCCGCCGCCGCUAACCUCGGCCUCAUGCCCGCGCUGGCCGGCGACGACACCGAGCCUGCAGCCACGUGUAUAACCGCGCCGAUCACGGACAAGCUCAUCAAGUGCGUCUCCUCAUCCGACGGCUUCCGAUGCCCCGUCGCGUACCUUCCGGAAGACGUCAUCGACUUGGCCUCCCUCCCCGGCCCACCCCCAACCGGCGGCCCACUUCGCGUGCGCCGGCCGGCCCACCUCCUCGACGCGGCCUACGUCAAGAAAUACGAGGCCGGGGUCCGCAUGAUGAAGGCGCUGCCGGACGACGACCCCCGCAGCUUCAAGAGCCAGGCGACCAUCCACGAGGCCUACUGCAACUUCCACUACAAGUUCCUCACAACGACGCCGCCGGUGGACUUCGACGUGCACUUCUCCUCGGUGUUCGCGCCCUGGCACCGGAUGUACAUCUACUUCUACGAGCGCAUCAUCGGCGAGCUCACCAACGACCCGGCCUUCGCUCUCCCCUACUGGAACUGGGAUUCCCCGGACGGGAUGUCGCUCCCGGCAAUCUUCGCGAACCCGGCCUCGCCGCUCUACGACGCGAAACGCAACCAGGAGAACGUGAAAUCGACCAUCGAUCUCAACCUAGGCCCGGGGAAGCAGAACGACCUCCCGCUCUGCAGCAGCACGGAGGACGGCGAUUCCUGCGUGAAGGCGGCGAACCUGUGUACCGUGUACCGGCAGAUGGCGGUGGACACGGCGGCGCAGUUCCACGGGGACCGCUUCUGCGCCGCCGGGGUCAAAGCCCCCGGAUCGCUGGAGAACGCGGCGCACACGGCCGUCCACAUCUGGACGGGGGACCCGCUGUCGGCGAAUGCUGGCGAGGACAUGGGCGUGCUGGGCACCGCGGCCAGGGACCCCGUGUUCUACUCCCACCACUCCAACGUCGACCGCCUCUGGCACCUCUGGCGGUCUACUGACCCCGGCCAUGCCGACUUCGUCGGGGACGAGGACUGGCUUCAGACAAGCUUCGUGUUCUACGAUGAGAAGCGGCGGCCCGUGCGGAUCAGGGUCCGCGACGUGCUCGAGCCCGGCAACCUCGGGUACGCGUACGAGGCCCGGGAGCGGCUCGAGUGGCUCGACAAGCGGCCCAAACCGGCCACCGGGAUAGAUCGGCCCACGGUAAAGCCCAGCGACGUCGUUUCCUUCCCUCUGGCUCUGAAGAACGGCCGGAAGGAGUACCUGACGGUGAAGAGGCCGGAGAAGAACGGCGGAAGCAAGAAGGCGCCGGAGGUGCUGGUGAUUGACGUGGAUAUUGACCCCUGUGAGUACGCCAAGUUUGACGUGCUGGUCAACGUGCCGAGAGGACAGGAAGGGAAAGUGAGCCCGCAGAACAGCGAGUUCGCCGGGAGCUUCGUCAACCUGCCGCACGGCGGCGGCGAUGGUGGGAUGAAGGUCGGGAUGGGGAGGCUGAAGCUGGCGUACAGAUUCGCGUUAAGGGAGCUGAUAGAGGAUCUACGGUGCGGCGGGGAUGCGACGCUGGACGUCACGCUCGUCCCCGUCGCCGGCGAGAUGGUCGUCGUCGACGGCGUACGCGUCGAGCUCCUCAAAUAAUACUAUAAGUACUACUCCGUAUAGAAUUAGCUGCCUGAGAUGCACGUCGGUGUGUGUGUGUGUGUGUGUGUUUGGUAAAAUAAGAGAUGCUCCAUGGACCAUGGUUGCCCCCGCACCGUAUUUUUGAAUGCACGGAUUGAAAAUCAAAAUUUAAUACAGUUUGAAAAUA